AUGGGAGAUCCUGACGAACCCUCUUUACGCAGUGUCAAGUCUAAGGCAGCCGCUGCACUUGGCUUGGGACGCAACACGGACAAGCAGCCCACGCUCCCCACACACAACCCCCAGCCUACCCAGUCUGGCCUGAACGGUGCCGAUCCGCCGCGUGUGGCUUCCAUCAGCAACAGCGGCGACCUCAACGAGAAGUCAGCCUCUGGCAGCAAUGUCUCACACAAGCGCAAUCGCAACCAUGGCAUCGAUAAUACCACGGCCGAGGGAGAGGCAUCUUCCGCCAUAGGAUCCGAGAAGCUCCCGCUGUGGUCGCCUGUGCGAAUCAAGGCGGGAUCUCUACGAUUCCUCACCCACACCAAGAAUGCCAUCACACACAGCUGGAUCAAUCUCCUGCUGGUCUUUGUGCCUCUCGGCAUUGCCGUCAAGGCUGCUGGCUUAAAGCCCGAGAUUGUCUUCUCCAUGAAUGCCAUUGCCAUCAUUCCGUUGGCUGGACUGCUCGCGCAUGCGACGGAAGUUGUUGCUGCACGUGUAGGAGAUGCACUCGGUGCACUGCUCAACGUUUCUUUCGGAAACGCUGUUGAGCUAAUUCUCUUCAUCAUCUUGCUCUCCUCAAAUCAGAUUGAAGUUGUGCAGGCGUCCCUGCUGGGAUCCAUUCUGGCCAACUUGCUCCUCAUCCUAGGCAUGGCCUUUCUGCUUGGAGGUCUGAAGUAUCAGGAACAGGUCUACAACAACACCGUCACCCAAAUGUCCGGUGUUAUGCUCGCCCUUGCGGUCAUGAGCCUUCUACUACCCACGGCUUUCCACGCCGCUUUCGACGACAACACCAUUGCCGACCAUGAGACGCUUUCUGUUAGCCGAGGCACGAGCGUAAUCUUACUUAUCGUCUAUGGCUUGUACCUGCUCUUCCAGCUCAAGAGUCACAGGUAUCUGUACGCAAGCACGCCGCAGCACAUCAUCGACGAGGAGUCUCACCCUGGUGUUCUGGCCGGCGCGUUCGAUUCCUCCAGCUCCACCAGCUCUAGUUCAAGCAGCGACGACAGCGAUAGCUCUUCGAACUCAUCCAAUGGAACCAUGAAGAGAAAGGCCAAGCGCAUGGUCAAGAGACUGCGGCGCAAGUCGAGUGCCAGCUCCAAAGAUGGAGCAACACUUUCAGCUGUGAGCUCUCCAUCUGCUCAGCUUCACGAAAGCCCGUUCGAGACUGAAAGGAAUACGAGUGUGGUUACCACAACAAAUGGACCCGCCGUCGUGUCUCGUCGGCAUUCGAUUGAUGUCAUGAGCGGCGAUGAGGCCGACAAUGACCAGUACGCUCCUGUCAUUCGCGACUUCGAAGCUGCCUCGCACGUUUCAAACCCUAGUGGCAAACCAGAGAAGCGUACGCACAAGCGCAAGGAGAAGAAGCAUCGCCGCGACCGCAACCAUGAAAUGGCGAUCCAGGAGAAGGAAUCUGAACCGGCCGAACCCAAGGUCACCUUCGCCGAACAGGUGGAGCAGAACACGAUCACACCAACUACCUCGCGUCGGCAGUACCGUCCUGCUCUUCCCUCUCUGCUAUCUACCAAUGUUUUUACCAACCCACAGAAUCCUACCCCGACCGGGCCUGCUCCCAAUAUUCGCAUGGCAGCUCCCCGGGCACCACCACUACGCCGCGCAAGGUCCCUUCCGGAGCGCAUGGAUCGCGAAAGCUCCCAAUCAAAUACAAGUAAUCGCCCUGCAGUCUCCCCUCAAGCAGCGAUGGCCCUCAACGACAACGACGAGGACGAUGAUGCUCCUGAUAUGUCCAUCAAGGCAGCCAUCUUCAUGCUUCUUUUCAGUACUGCCCUUGUCGCCGUCUGUGCUGACUUUAUGAGUGGGGCCAUUGACCCCAUGGUUAAGACAUCCGGUAUCAGUCAGGCCUUCAUAGGUCUUAUCAUCCUUCCCAUCGUUGGUAACGCUGCAGAGCACGUUACAGCCGUCACUGUCGCCAUGAAAAACAAGAUGGACCUGGCUAUUGGUAUCGCUGUCGGCUCCUCUAUCCAAAUCGCCAUCUUCAUCACACCUGUUAUUGUCGUCCUUGGCUGGAUCAUGGGUAAGCCUAUGACGCUGUACUUUAACAUCUUCGAGACGGUCGCCUUGUUUGUCACUGUGCUAGUCGUCAACUUCUUGGUUCUAGAUGGCAGGAGUAAUUACCUCGAAGGCAGCUUGCUCAUCGCCGCGUAUGUCAUCAUCGCCCUGUCUAGCUUCUUCUAUCCGGAUGGUUGUGAGGCAAGUGCUAUUGGUGGAAACGAGCAACGCUGUGGAGCUGGAGGCACAGUUUCUGCUACUGCGGUGCACAUGAUGCUCAAGAGGAUGGUGGCGAUGUAG